AUAUAAAUUAACUUUUAAGUAUUUUUAAAGAACUUUUGUUGUGGAACAAUGGCUUGUUGUUUUUAUUUUUGGCAUUACACUAGCUUUGAAAGGCACUGUUUUAUAUUGUUGAACACGUACUUUAUUUUUGUGGUCGUGUUUUAAUUGGUUUGCUGCAGUAAAUUUGCGGCAGUUAUUGUGAGACCGAGACAAAAGUGGUGAGCGAGGACAAUGUAAUUUCUGUAUAUUGCUAUGCGCCCUAACCCAAACCCAACAAGUACAAAAAUACUACACAAAGAAACUAAGAAAGCUGAAAGAAGUUAACUCUGCCAAGCUAGAUUUAUUGUGUAAUCAUGAUGUUCAAUUUCGCUUCGAGAAGUGUUUCUAGGAAGAUGUUCUGCCACUACCAGCGGUCGUUGGAAGCCAUCUCUGAGCUUCAACCUCUGCAACAUUUGAUGCAACGGUCGCCACUACCUGCGGCCGCCUCUACAAGUACUGACUGUACUUCACAAGUACUCCCCCCGAUGGCUGCCCGACGACAUACGCCUUCACCAAUCGACAGCUGCGCCGGCGCCAGCAGCAAAGAGCGCUCCGGCCGCUGGCCUCGUCUACCGGUGCUGGCCACCGGCCUUCUGGCCAGCGUCUGGGCAGUUAUGGACGACGAGUCCAGACUAUUUAUGGCAGCUCGUUUUGGUGACGCGCAGGAGAUCCGACAGCUAGUGGCGGCGGGCGAGGACGUGAACCAGCGCCACCCACUGGGCUGGACGGCCCUGCACGUGGCUGCCGUCCGCGGUCACCUGGAGGCGGUCCAGGCGCUCCUCGACGUCGGCGCUCAGGUCGACAGUGGCGACGAAUUCUGCAGUGUCUUCUCGACGGCCCGCGAGAAGAGAAUCAACUCGUUGAACGUAUUAGUACGCCGCGAAGACGAGUUCAGCGACCGACUCAACAACCGCGUGUCGUUCCGCGGAUGCACGCCAUUGCACUACGCCGUGCUGAUGGAUCGGCACGAUGUGGCGGCGGUCCUCCUGCGCGCUGGCGCCUCACCGGUCGCGCGCAACGACAGCGGGCAUUCACCGAUCGACUACGCCAGAGAUGAAGAAAUGCGGCAGUUGUUGACCAUUGCAGAGCAGAAACUAGUGGCCGAGCAGAAAGCCCGCGAAGCUGAGGAGCGGCGCCGCUUUCCGCUAGAGAAACGCAUCAAGGAGAAGAUUGUGGGCCAGGACGGUGCCAUCGCCACUGUAGCGUCCGCUAUUCGCCGCAAAGAAAAUGGGUGGUACGACGAAGAACACCCGCUCGUGUUCCUCUUCCUCGGCUCGUCCGGUAUCGGCAAAACAGAGCUAGCUAAACAGAUAGCCGCAUAUCUCCACAAAAACAACAACAAGGGUUUUAUCAGACUGGACAUGUCCGAGUACCAGGAGAAACACGAGGUAGCCAAGCUGAUCGGCUCGCCUCCCGGCUACAUUGGACAUGAUGACGGCGGGCAGCUGACCAAGCGACUACGCAGCUGCCCUAACGCCGUGGUCCUAUUUGACGAGGUUGACAAGGCGCAUGCCGACGUUUUGACGGUCCUGCUACAGCUGUUUGACGAGGGCCGCCUCACUGACGGCAAGGGCCGCACCAUCGAAUGCAAAGACGCCAUCUUCGUGAUGACGUCAAACUUGGCCAGUAACGAGAUCGCAGACCACGCCAUGGAACUGCGCCGUGAGGCCGAGCGGCUCGCACGGGAACGCUACGAGGGCAAAAUUGACGACGUGGAGUUCACAGAACGAGUCAACAUCUCGCGGUGCUUCAAGGAUUCUGUGGUGCAGCCGAUCUUAAAGCGUCACUUUUUGCGUGAUGAGUUCCUAGGUCGCAUCAACGAGGUGGUAUAUUUUCUUCCGUUUUCGCGGCCCGAGCUGCGUCAGCUAGUCACCCGCGAGCUGCAAUUCUGGGCGGACCGUGCCAAGAAGAAGCACGACAUCGAGCUGAAAUGGGACCGGCGCGUGCUGGACGUGCUGGUGGAUGGCUACAACGUCUACUACGGCGCCAGAUCGAUCAAGCACGAGGUGGAGAGACAGGUGGUGAACCAGCUGGCCGAGGCCCACGAACAGCAGAAGCUGCCUCCGGGCUGUGCCGUGUUUGUCACCGUCUCUGACCGGGCGGCCGAGCCCGGCGGCGGACGCUCCGUCAAAAUCCAGCUGGGCUCCGGCACAGACCUGGAAGACUACGUUUCGCCCCUCAGAUGAACAGGGGACUAGGGAAAGGGAACACGCCAAGUUGGUGGUGACUGGCGAUACGUGAAAACGCGGAGUCGACCAAUGUGAUAAACAGCGCUGCUGUCUAAGACUAGCUUUGAUGUAGUCUCAGGCUGCCUAGUGCAUACAGUCUUCUUGUUGAUUUGACACAAUGUUGAUGGGAAGGGCCGUUCGUGUUUCCAUGGGCGCCAAUGUCACCGUACAGCAGACACCAACCGGGGCCAACUGCAGGACUAUGUUGGUUGCGAUUUGGUGGCCAGUGUUCCGACCACGGUGUCAGCGAUGUCUGGGUCGGUGUUCGAGUUUUUCACUCAUAUUGUAGUGGGUACUGGGUAUCGUGCAGCAUCAUGUCUUUCCUUGUUGUUACGGUCAUUGAUUGCAACAUCGUCGUUGCUGUUUAAACGGUGCUGUAUUUAUUGUGCCAGGACCCAAGUCGUUUUAACGCAUAGGGUAUCGUUUGGUUCUGCGCAUGCUAUUACGUUUGCAUGUUUUACCCCAUUCCCACAGUUGAUAAUAAAUACAGAACGAAGUGUA